GUGACGCCGGGUAUUAGCAGGCGGGUAAACAGAGUGGAGGGAACAUGGUGGAUCCUGGUGCUUCUGUACUCUGAUGAAAGGUGGCGUGACCACAGAGAGAAGAGGAGGUCAGACCGCACAAUGCAGGAGGCCUCGGAAGAUGGAGAGCAGAAGGUGACGGCCGGUAUGGAGUCCCUGGCUGUGAAGGAGGAGGAGGAAGAGGAAGGAGAAGCGGAGGAAAAGAAGCAGAAGGAGGAGGGGGAAGAAGAAGAAGAGGAGGAGAGGAAGAAGGAAGAGGGCGAGGCGGAGGAGGAAGAACAGGAGCGGCAGGAUGAGGAGGAUGAGGAUGACGAUGAAGACUGGUGCAUCCCGUGCAGCGAUGAUGAUGUGGAUGAGACGGAGGGCUGGAUGCCGCAGCCAGAGGAGAUCAAACGCCUGUACCAGCUGAUCGCCAGCGAGGGGAGCUUACCACUUCAGGUGGACAUCCUGGCUCGGCGGCCUCCGACCCCGGAACCGGAUCCUGAGGAUGAGGAGUCUGACCAGGAACCGGAGGAAGAGGAGGAGGAGGAAGAGAGGCCACAUGUUCCCACUGAGUUCGACUUUGACGAUGAACCAUCCACCCCGAAAAAUGCACUGAUUGACAGGAGGAGAACGCCUGGGAGGAGCAGCCAGAAGAGGGAGGCCAGGCUGGAUAAGGUUCUCUCUGACAUGAAGCGCCACAAGAAGAUUGAAGAGCAGAUCCUGAAAACGGGCCGUGACCUCUUUGAUAUGGACCCGGACUCUGUACCCACCCCAAAACGCUCUUCCGCCAUCUUCCCCCGACAGAGGAAAUACUGA